GCUGCGCCCCCGCCGCGGCUGCGGGGAGGCGGCGGGGCUGCGGGCCAUGGGCUUCAGCGAGGAGCAGGCCCGGCGGCUCCUGGGGUUGCAGCCCCGGCUCGGCCCGCAACGCCGGGAGGCGGCGGCGGCGCAGCUGCUGCUGCUGGGGCUCAGCGCCGAGGCCGCCCUGGGCCUGCUGGAGCGGAGCCCGGCGCUGCUGCGGAUGCCGACGGAGCGGCUGCAGGAGCGCGCCCAGGAGCUGCGGCGCCUGGGGCUCGACGGAGGUCAGCUGCAGCGGGCGGUGAGCCGCUGCCCCCAGCUCUUCACCUUGCCCCGGAGGAGGAUGGAGGCGACGGUGCGGCUGCUGCGGGAGCAGUGCCUCUUCACGGCGGAGCAGCUGAGGGAGGUGCUGGGCUCCUGCCCCGCCGUGCUGCUGGAGGAGCCGCGCCGCCUCCACCACCACUUCCAGUACGUGUACUUCAGGAUGGGAGUCCAGCAGAAGGAGAUGGUGAAGGCCGGUCUUUUCCGAAUGCCCUUUGCCGAGCUCAGGAACCGGCACAUCUUCCUGGAGCGCCGGGGGCUCUACCAGACCCCGCACAAAGGCCAGACCCAAACCAGUAACCCGAAACUGAAGGACAUCCUUCAGCUCCCGGAGAAAGACUUCCUGGCCAGCCUGGCCCGCUCCACCCCAGAGGAGUAUGAGGUCUUCAAGAAGCUGCUGGCUCGAGAGGAGGAGGAAGAGGAGGAGGAGGAAGAGGAGGACAGGGAUGCACUAUACACAGAGGAAGAUGAAGACUUGGACAGUGAAGGAAGUAAAACAGCCCAGGAGUGAGGAGGUGAGGCUCCAAGGUGCCCGAGCUCUCCCAUGCUGGCGCACUCCCCGGCCCCACUGCACUUGUGGGUGCUCUGGGCCCCCACCCCGCACAGGCAGAAGCUGUGGUGGCUGCAGGACCUGCUCUCUUGGUGGCUGCAGGGCUCCGUGUGCAGGGCCCCACUGAGGGGCAGCAAUAAAUCCCAUAUAUCAGAAUACAACAAUAACCCUCGUUCCUCCUCAUUG